CAUUUUUUGGCGUUCCGGCUGCGUUCACACUGACCUCCUAAAGGUUAUCGGCAUAACAAUUUUUUGUAAAUUCUCGACUUUGCCGUUAUUCGACUCGUUGCACUUGUCAAAAUUCCAAUUCUCGCGCCGAAAGACCUACGACAUCCACGCGCGCCACCACAUCAGGAUUUGGAUCACGAUUCCACCGGGAGACUAACGAGAAAGGACGAAAAUGCUGCGCUCCCUUGCAACGACACGAAACGAAAUUGGGGCCCUUCGCUCCGUGCUCCUGCGAUCGAAUAACGCCACCUGUAUCCGCCGAUCGGCCGGUAAUGUUGGAGUGCGCGCCCUCAGUUGCCAGCUGAUCAACUCCCGGAAUCUCCAGAAUAUUAGAUCCAAACUGAGCCAGCCGAAAACUCCGGCCGUAUGGAGCUACAAUUUUGCCCGCGCUUAUGCCAGCCUUCCGGAACACAUCAGGGUUCCCCUGCCCGCCCUCUCGCCCACCAUGGAGCGCGGCUCGAUUGUCAGCUGGGAGAAGAAGGAGGGCGACCAACUCAACGAAGGUGAUCUGCUGUGCGAGAUCGAAACGGACAAGGCCACCAUGGGCUUCGAGACGCCCGAGGAGGGUUACCUGGCCAAGAUCCUCAUCCAGGGUGGCACCAAGGACGUGCCCGUUGGCCAGCUGCUGUGCAUUAUUGUACCGGAUCAGGGAAGCGUGGCGGCAUUCGCGGACUUCAAGGACGACGGAGCCGGCGCACCAGCACCAGCAGCUGCACCGGCCGCCGCUCCAGCGCCAGCAGCUGCGGCAGCGCCACCACCGCCAGCUCCCGCUGCUCCAGUUGUAGCUGCACCCGCCCCAGCUCCAGCCGCUGCUCCAGCUGCAGCAGGUACGGGCCGCGUGUACGCCAGUCCGAUGGCCAAGCGACUAGCCGAGGCACAACAGCUGCGUCUACAAGGCAAGGGCAGUGGAGUCCAUGGCUCAAUUAAAUCUGGUGAUCUUGCAGGCCAAGCGGCAGCCAAGCCAGCUGCUGCGGCGGCACCUGCCAAGGGUCCCAAGGCGGCCGGAGCCCGCUACGAGGACAUCCCGGUGACCAACAUGCGGGCGGUGAUCGCCAAGCGCCUGCUGGAGUCCAAGACCCAACUGCCACACUACUACGUCACCGUAGAAUGCCAAGUGGACAAGCUCUUGAAGUUCCGCGCUAAGGUGAACAAAAAGUACGAGAAGCAGGGCGCCCGCGUCUCCGUGAACGACUUCAUCAUCAAGGCCGUCGCCAUUGCCAGCUUGAAGGUGCCCGAGGCGAACUCCGCCUGGAUGGGCACAGUCAUCCGGCAGUACGACGAUGUCGAUGUUUCGGUGGCCGUCUCCACAGACAAGGGCCUGAUCACCCCGAUUGUCUUCAAUGCCGACCGCAAGGGUGUCCUGGAGAUCUCCAAGGAUGUCAAAGCGCUGGCAGGCAAGGCGCGCGACAACAAGCUGCAGCCCCACGAGUUCCAGGGUGGCACCAUCUCGGUGUCCAACUUGGGCAUGUUCGGUGUGAACCAAUUUGCUGCCGUUAUCAACCCCCCACAAUCGUGCAUCCUGGCCAUUGGCACCACAACGAAAAAGCUGGUUGUGGAUCCUGACAGUCCCAAGGGUUUCAAGGAGGUCAACGUGCUGACCGUCACCCUCAGUGCUGAUCAUCGUGUGGUGGAUGGAGCUGUUGCUGCCAGGUGGCUGCAGCACUUCCGCGACUACAUGGAGGAUCCGUCCAAUAUGGUAUUGUAAGCGGACAGGCACGACCCAUCACAUUUAGAGACUCCAACGAAAACAAAAAGCUAACAAAUUAAGCCACCUCUCUUUAAGCGAGGAGUUUCGGUCAACAUAAAAUACGUGAAAGUGCGGAUUCUAUUCGGUGUUACAUAUGUAAAGUUUUAAAAUUGGAUUUGAAUCAUCCCACUUUCUUACAUAUUUACGUAUAUAUAUAUAUAUAUAAAUUUAUUUGUGUAAUAUUUGAUGUAGUUAAUGCUGGUGUAUGGUCACCAUCGUUGCCAUGAUUGUAGAAAAACACACAAAAUACUUGAAUGAUAUUCGAAUUAACUCACUCACAGAGCUGUAAAUUUCCGUUUGAUAUGCAAAACAUUUUGUAUGCUUUGUUCGCAUAUGUUGACCAUGAUCGAGUAUGAAAAUGGAAGUAGUUGAAAGUCCAAAGACGCGUUGAAUAAACCUAAAACACACUCACAUGAACUAGCCAAUUCAUAAAAAAUAA